AUCCCUCCAAAUCAACCCUACCAAACACACCCCUAGUGUCAGAGUGAUAGUCGCAACAUGAGGGCACCGAGGAAGCCGAUCCGCGCCGUGGCUGCCGUGUCGACAUGGGUUGGCAAACAACCGCCGAAAGUCAAGGCUUUCCUGGCCGUAGUCUCCGGCAUGGCAGCUUUGGUGCUGCUAAGAUUGAUCGUUCAUGAUCACGACAACCUCUUCGUCGCUGCCGAAGCUGUUCACUCCAUUGGAAUCUCUGUCCUCAUCUAUAAGCUCAUGAAGGAAAAAACUUGUGCUGGACUUUCACUCAAAUCUCAAGACCUAACAGCUAUUUUUUUAGCUGUUAGACUGUACUGCAGUUUUGUCAUGGAAUAUGAUAUACACACCUUGCUUGAUUUAGCUACAUUGGCUACAACUCUGUGGGUUAUUUAUAUGAUCCGUUUUAAACUGAAGUCAAGUUACAUGGAGGACAAAGACAACUUUGCAAUAUAUUAUGUGGUGGUUCCUUGUGCUGUGUUAGCUUUGGCUAUUCAUCCAUCUACAUCACAUCAUAUCAUCAAUCGGAUUUUUUGGGCAUUUUGUGUUUAUUUAGAAGCUGUUUCGGUUCUACCGCAAUUGCGGGUCAUGCAGAACACAAAGAUUGUUGAACCAUUCACGGCUCAUUAUGUAUUCGCUCUGGGUAUUGCAAGGUUCUUGAGCUGUGCUCAUUGGGUUCUCCAGGUUUUGGAUAGUCGUGGGCAUUUGCUGACAGCUUUGGGUUACGGAUUAUGGCCUUCUAUGGUUCUUAUCUCAGAAAUUGUUCAAACUUUCAUUUUAGCAGACUUCUGUUAUUAUUACGUAAAAAGCAUAUUAGGAGGACAGCUUGUGUUACGCCUUCCUUCUGGAGUAGUAUAACUGGGGAUUGCAUGGGCAUCCUAUCAUUGAGAAUUAACUUAAAUACAGCGGGCGAUCUUCUUUUAGUUAUUUUUACUUUGCACAAGGUACAUGUUACUUGCUGGUUUUUCCUUGUAGUCAUGACUGGAAAUCAAGUGGAUUGUUUGUAAAGUUGGCGGUGCAUGAAACUUCAAUGGAUAUCUAAAUCAAAACUUGAUUUUAUCAGAAAUUAAA